AAGAAAAGCGUCUUCUAAACGCCUGUCAAUUGCUCAUAACAGAGAGGAAGAGGCGAAGCGAGAGAUUUCACUAUAGCCAAAAUCUGUCCAAAAAUAAGCCCAGUGUGUUUCUAUGGGUUUAUUUUUGGACCUAAGCUUGUAGCCUGUCUUCCUGCCUUUGGGACAAUGACUCCCAUUGUUAGGGCGGAGACAUGAGCGUCUUGUCAUUAUAUAAAAUAAUCUAUGCUCAUGAGCAUGGGAUGAAUCAUACCCUUAUCUCGGUGUGGCCGGAUCAUUUUCCUCAAAAUUAACUGCAACAGCAACGUUAGGCUUCAAUCUCUUUUAAAACGUUUUAAAAGUGUUGAGGAUUACAACUAUAUUUGCAACGGAAUGACGUUGUAUGUUUUUCUGGGUGUUCUUUCAAUGUAUUACCUCCAGGUGUCGAGCUCUGCUGAGCACGGGUGUUUCUGCCAGGUGACCGGUAGCUUGGAUGACUGUGCUUGUGAUGUGGAGACAAUUGAUGCUUUCAACAAUGAGCAACUCUUCCCCAAACUUCAGAAGCUACUUGAGUCCGACUAUUUCAGGUUUUAUAAGGUGAACCUGAAUAAGCCAUGUCCAUUCUGGACAGACAAGGGCCUCUGUGGUCAUAAGAACUGUGCUGUGAUACCAUGUACACCAAAUGAGGUUCCAGAGGGACUCAAAACAAAUGGCCACCACAGUAAGUACUCAGCUGAAGCGAACAACCAGGAGUGUGAGAAGGCUGAGAAGCUUGGAGCAGUGGACAGCUCCCUCAGUGAGGAGACCAGGCAGGCCCUUGUGGAAUGGAACAAGCAUGAUGACGAAGCAGAGCGAUUCUGUGUGAUUGACGAUGAGGAGUCUCCUGAUUCCCAGUAUGUGGAUCUACUGCUAAAUCCAGAGCGCUUCACUGGAUACAAGGGGCCGGAAGCCUGGCAAAUCUGGAACAGCAUCUAUGAGGAGAACUGCUUCAAACCAUACACUGUGAAGCGACCUCUAAAUCCUAUGGUAUCUUACAGUGGAACUGAUGGGAAGACAUUUUACAGUUGGCUGGAAGGCCAGUGUGUGGAGAAGAGGGCUUUCUUUAGGCUGGUCUCUGGGCUCCACUCCAGCAUCAACAUACACCUGAGUGCCCGGUACCUCCUGGAUGACAACUGGUUCCAGAAGAAGUGGGGUCACAAUGUCUCCGAGUUCCAGCAACGUUUUGAUGCCCAGCUGACCAACGGUGAGGGCCCAAAGAGGCUGCGCAACAUCUACUUCCUCUACCUGAUCGAGCUGCGUGCCCUGGCCAAAGUCCUGCCUCUUCUCCAGCGCCCCUCCUUCCAGCUGUACACUGGCCAACCCACCCAGGACAGACGACACAAACGCCUGCUCCUAGAGCUCCUCCAGGUGGCCAAGUCUUUCCCUUUGCACUUUGACGAGACGUCUCUGUUUGCUGGGAAUAAGGAGGAAUCUGCCAAUCUCAAGGAGGAUUUCAGGCUGACCUUCCGCAACAUCUCCAGGAUCAUGGACUGUGUGGGAUGCUUUAAGUGCAGGCUCUGGGGCAAACUACAGACUCAGGGGUUAGGCACAGCCCUGAAGAUCUUGUUUUCCGAGCGACAGAUCGAGGCUCUGCCCAAAUCCAGCAGUGCCCGGCUCACUUUCCAGCUCAGUCGCCAAGAGAUAGUGUCCCUCCUCAAUGCCUUUGGAAGGAUUUCAACAAGCAUCAGAGAGUUGGAGAACUUCCGAUCACUGCUGUCUAAGGUCCGGUAGCCUGAACCCACACAUCCCUACAGAGAGCCACAUACCCACAAAAGAAUGACCAGGCUGAUUUGAAAUUAUUCAAAAUACAACAACCGCAUCAGCAUGUAGCUGCGGUGUUUGGGGCUGCUGAAAGACACAAGUGAAAGUCCUGACAAGUGACUUACAAGGGAUCUAACUAAACAAACAAAGGAACAUGGACAGUAGCCAAUCCCCUUUGAGCUACUUGGCAAUUAGGGUGUUUUCACACCUAGUUUUGAGCUACAGUUCGAAUCAGAGUUCGAGUAUUUGUUCCAUUGUAUUUUUUUAAUUUGGUCCUGUUGGUUUCAUUGCCAAAUGUCAAAUGAACUAAAAUUCCUAAACAAAACCACCUGUCCAUGCAAGUCAUUGGUUUAUUGGACAAAGAUGCUCACGUUAAAUCAAUCUAUGAUUAUCAUGAAGCAUCACUUGUGUGUCCCAAUCUUCAUAUUAUUUCCACUUUGGUCUUCCAAAAACAUGCAGCAAUAGCUGCUCUAACUGCUAUGUGAAUAGGCAAUAUUCAGGAGCCUAUAUCCCCAGUAUAGCCCCAUCUACCCUAAUCUGCAUCGGAUGCACUCAUAAAUGCGCUGCAACUCAGAGAAUGUUUCAGAGAUAACAAGUUGUGAUGAUGCGUGCAUUUCAUCAAAUGGUCGCAGUCAAACCAUGAAUACUGCGUGACUCUGGUUAUUUUCCUGUGUUUGGUCUGGACUGCGUUCUCACCUGCAGCGAACCUCACCACGGUACGAAUUAAAUCGGAAAAACCGCUCCAAACCAAUUGAGUGUGAAAGCACCCAUAGAUACUGUAUCAGGGUAAAAAAUAUAUAUAUACUUUGCACCAUUUUGCUUCCACAAUGGGUUUAUUGGCGAGUGGUUGACUAUGUUGCCCACAUCAAACAUACAUAUGUAAAACGCAUUGACCAAUCAUUGAUAGAAGUUUGACACUCCUCAGGGCCUUUCUAAGUGCUUAUCCACUUGUUUCUCAAUAGCCGAUUGGCUGUAAGGCAACUGAAUAAUGUCAUGUUUUCUUUGAAAAAAAUAAACAUUGGCAUGUCCUA